AAGGUGUUUACAGAAGUUGCUAAUAAAUGCUUGCAUAAGCAUCCAAGUGGACGGCCUACCAUGACUGAUGUCGUGGCGAGCCUCGAGUGCAUGUUGGCUUCACAGGAGCAACCGAGAAAUGCUUAGAAAUGGGAGGAGGAUGUCAAUGUUCAUGGGGAUCCCAACCAACUGAUUUAUUACAAUGAUAUGAACAAACAACAAACUGAAAUUUUUCCACAAGGUAAUGUUGCCUCCUCAUCCACUCCGGAGCAGCUUAAUGAUGAUACCCAACGCCAGAAGAGGUCGAGGAAAAAUCUGUUUCAAAGGGUUGGUGUAUUUUUCGCUGGAGUUAUGGGUAUCCGGUGGAUGAGAAUAGAGGACGUAGAGAUUCGAUCUACAGCCACAAACAAGUCGACUAUCCAAGAUGAAAGCAACAUCACUAGCAAUUGGCAGAUCUCUGCAGGGAGUGACACUGAUAUGCCAUAUCUAGAUGGGCGGAUCUUACCCACCCCAAAUUUAAGGAAAUUCAAUUUCUCAGAAUUGAAGAAUGCUACCAGAAACUUUGAUACAUUGUUGGGAGAAGGACGUUAUGGCAAAGCUUAUAGGGGUUGGCUUGAUGCGGAACUGACAUCAAGCAACGGUAGUGGAUUUGUUGUUGCGGUAAAACAGAUGUACCGAUGCCAGUAUAUUAAGCAUACGGUCGGUCCCUUGUGUGGGCUUUCUCAUUCUAACCUUGUUAAGAUAUUGGGGUACUAUUGGGUAGAUCAAGGCCCAUAUUACGUUCAAAAGCUAUUCCUUGUCUAUGAAUUCAUGCAAAACGGCAGCUUGGAGCAGCACCUUUUCGGAAGGGGCUCUGCUCUUCAGCCACUGCCAUGGGAUAUUCGGCUUAAGAUACUAAUAGGAGCAGCCCAAGGCCUGGCAUUUUUGCACGCAUUAGAAACACCAGUAAUUUGCAGAGAAUUCAAGGCAUCAAAUAUAUUGCUUGAUGAGUCAUUCAAUGCCAAGAUCUCGGACUUCAGCUAUGGAGAGUUGGAUUCCCCUGAAAAAAGUUGUGGGUAUGUGCCAACAAUAUAUCCAGGCCUAGAGACACAUCCUGUCUACGAACCCUACAUUGCCCCGGAAUAUGUUUUCACAGGUUAUGUGCAUGUGAAGGGUGACGUGUAUAGUUUUGGUGUUGUAUUGCUUGAGAUGCUUACGGGGUUAUGUGCAUGGGAUAUGAAUCGUCCGAUUCAGCAACGUAAUCUAGUAGGCUGGGUCAAGCCCUAUUUAGCCGAUCAAAGAAUGUUAGCAACUGUAAUCGAUUCCGGGUGGGAAGAGAGAUAUCCUUGGAAAGCUGCCCUGCAAAUAGCUCAUCUUGCUUCACAUUGUCUCGAAGAUCAACCCAAAGCAAGGCCAUCAAUGAAACAAGUUGUGGAGGCACUGGAAAUUAUCAGUGCAACCCCUGGAAACACCCAAUGCAUACUCUGUCCUAGAAUUAAGGAUUUGAUAUUGCUAGAAUUAAGGAUUUGAUAUGGUCAAUAUCCUUAAUUCAGUAAGUACUUUUAUUUUCUUCCUUAAUUAUAGGAUGUUUCCAUGUAUUCUUAUUCUUUCCUUGUAAAUGUUUGUACUAUAGAUAUUGUAGAACUACAAUGAAUGAAACAUUAGAAAAUUAUUCAA